UUUUGUUUCACAUGUUUUUGUUUUUGUUUUCGGUCGCGUCGUGUUCUGAAGAAGAAAAAAAAACAAUUUCCCGGUGUUCUGUUUUUAAUAAAAUUUCGAACAGAAAAAUGGAAGACCCUUCACAGUAUAUGGUCGAAAAGAUCCAAAACUAUUUUCUACCCUCUGCACCACGCAAAAAUGCAACAAGUUUAAUAAAAGUUCACAAUUGCAAACUCAAUCAAACUGGCGACAUCAGUUUUCCUUUAAAUCCAGAAAUAUGGGAAAAUUAUUUUAAAAUACCAAUUGUUGAUAGAGAAAAUAAUAUCUUUAGUUUUCAAAAUACCACCGAGCAAGAGGCUUUAGAGAAAUUCAAAGAAUCUUCUCAGAAUUGGACAUAUCCUUUGGCCGAAGUCAAACUACAGAAAGACCGCUGUGGAGUCUUUUUGAACAGGCAAAAAUGUAUUGAAAUCCUUAUAAAUCAAGUUUUGGACAAUAAGACUUUUGGCAUUCAAAUGAAGGAUCCAAAAAAGCGUUUCAGGUUUUUAGACUCUCAAAAUAAUAACCCUGAAGGUUUGUCGGAAUAUAGAGCAAGACUGGUCUAUAAAACAUUAAGAAAACUUUUAAAGUAUUCUAAUUGGUCCGAAGUGGACGAUGAGUCUGGGAAAAAAAUCAACGUUGUUAGCGUUGUGACUAAAGUCCCUAAAGCUGAAAUUCAAAAUGAUGUUAUUUCAAUAAGAUGCGGUAACGUUUUGGAUCCCCAAGAUGGGAAACUAGCAAGGAUUCCACCCUCGGAGUACAUCAGUCUUCGAUCGACAGACAUGCGACUAAUGGCUAUGCAUAAAUAUGGCAUACGUGUCAAAGACGACAAAAAAUUUUGCGAAUUGUUUGGAAGACUUGGGGAAGCAGCUGUUACAGUUGAUUUGCUCGAAGUAAAGCCUUCAAGUCCAGUUAAUAUGAUAAGAAGUGGACAAGGCAGUACAAAGGGUGCAUCUUUUAUUCUCUACAAUUCUGCUCGACUAGAAACACUUUUAAGAACCUUCGAACAGAAAGUUACAGAAGGCAUUUACGACAAAUUACCCCCAUUAAACGAUAUUGAUUUCAGUUUACUAUCCAAUGAGGAAGAAUGGGAAUUAGUGUAUGGCUAUAUAUUUGGUUUUCCAAAUCUUAUAAAUCGAUGCACGGAAAACUUUGAUUCAGGAUCUUGUAGUAUUCAUUGUUUGAUAAAAUAUUUGGAUGGUUUGGUAUCAACAUUUAGUGUUUACUAUCGACGUGUUCGUAUACUCACGGAAACUAGAGCUCAUUUGAUGCCACAUGUCUAUGCCCGAAUCUAUCUUCUCAAAGCAGUUCGACAAAUAUUCAAUAUGACCUUGGCGUUGUUGGACAUUGAGCCGGUUGAGUUUAUGUGAUUUUUUUUUUGAAUUCAUAAAAAAAAAAUUGAUACCAUAAAGGAAUAAAAUUCCGACGGUAAAAGUUUAUCUGUAUAAAAGUGAAGUGAAUUUUAAAAGUCGAAUAAAACAAUAUUUUUGAUUUAUA